GGAAAAUAUUUUAAACCCUCGGCGCGGUUUAACAAUAGUUGUUGGUUGCGACCCGCCAAUAAGAAGAAGAAGAAGAAGAACAGUAGUUGUUUUACAGAAGCGGAGAUAAAUUCAGAAUGGCUUCCCCUACCACACCUCCCUGCGAGGACGUAUAUAAAACCCCUAAAAGUGUCCAUGUGAGGAGCUCUGGAAGCAGCGGAGGUGGUACCCCCAUGGUCAUCCCUGCUUCGCCUUUCAUGAAGAAGCUGGGUUGUGGGACCGGAGUCAACGUUUACCUCAUGAAUAGAAUGGGAAAAGUAAAUGCUUCACCAUGGGCUGUGAAGAAGAUCAACCGCAAAUGUGCGUCCAAACAAGAGACUGUUUACCAACAACGUCUCAACGAAGAGGCCAAAGUCCUGAAGGAAAUUAAUCACCCAAACAUUGUUGGUUUCCGUGCCUUUGCUACAGCCAGUGACGGCUCCAAGUGUCUGGCUAUGGAGUAUGGUGGAGAGCAGUCUCUCAAUGACCUGAUAGAACAGAGGGCGGAGGAAGGUUUGAACGCUUUCCCUGCAGCCAACAUUGAAAAAGUGGCGCUGCAUGUGGCUCGUGGCCUGCAGUAUCUUCACAAUGAGAAGAAGCUGCUUCAUGGUGACAUAAAGUCAUGUAACGUGGUCAUCAAAGGCGACUUUGAAGCUGUGAAAAUCUGUGACGUUGGAGUUUCUCUGCCACUCGAUGAGAACAUGAGAGUGUCUGACCCAAAAGCAGAGUACGUCGGCACAGAGCCGUGGAAGCCGAUGGAAGCUCUAGAGGGUGGAGAGAUCACCGACAAGGCCGACAUCUUCGCCUACGGUUUGACUCUGUGGGAGAUGAUGACUCUGACCGUGCCUCACCUAGAUAUGCUGGAGGAUGAAGAUGAAGAAGAGGACUCAAUGGAGGAGAGUUUCAAUGAGGAUGCUUACUAUGAGGUUUUGGGAUCGAGGCCAGCAUUGGACGUUGAGGCUCUGGGGUGCUCGUACUGGAGGAUGGUGGAGCUCUUCUUUCUGUGCACAGAGGAAGACCCCAAAAAGAGACCAUCAGCUGCACAGAUCGUCCAGGCUUUAGAGAGCAAUGCCGAGCUGGACACAAUACCCUGUGAGGGGAUUGUUAACGACUGAUUCACUCCAUUUUCACACUACAGAUGAAGGUCUGGAUUGUCAUCGGGUGUAUCGGGCCCAACCUAUUAGAUUUUCUAUAAAUACUAAUUAAUGCAGAAAUAACCUGAGUCUGCUUUUCUUCCCAUUUCCCAAAUAAUUCCCAAAUUGGAACUAUAAUCUCCAGGAAAUAUUGAGGGUUUAAUGUUGUAGAAACUUAUCAGCUAAUGGUUAAAGUACAUUUUAUGUUACUGUGUUUGGUUUUGUCUUGUCAUAUACUGUCACCUUCAGUUAUAAGUGUUUUUCUUCACCUGUUACUCCGUAUUUCUGUUGCAUAGUAAAUGUUUAAAUGCUCUUUUGUCAUGGUUUAUUAAAAAUUGUUUCUCCUCUU